AUGGCACCGCUUGCAAUCGAUACGACCGACGACCACGCGUCGCUGCAACUGAUCCCCCGUCUCCUGCGCACGUCUUCUGACAGCAAAGAACCCGUGAACACGAAAGCUCCGCCGCUCACACCUGUGGUCGUCGAGCCCCUGCGCUGGUCCACUGCGUCCUUCUCGCUGACUUUCUUGAGCAACAUUGAGCGCCUCGUGAUCAACGAGGCGGUCGAGCGCAAUGGCGCGACGUACUACGUCGUGCAAGUCUACCAGUUCCACUCGGACUCGCGGCUGCCGACCAACAUGAACAACCCGCGGCGCUCGAUCCCGCGCUUGUCGGACCUGAGCGACCCGCCGCUUCGCAGCGAGCCGGACUUUCGCGUCGAGCGCCGGUACUCGGACUUUGCCAAGCUGCGCCACCAAGUCAAGCUCUGGACGUGUCCCAACGCGCACUUUGUGUGCCCCUACUGCCACGCGUACAACCGCUACAUUCGGUUCAAGCUCCACCAGCCGCGACGGCUCGUGGCGUUUCGCACGGGCGUCAAGAAGCGGCAGGCGAUUCUCCAGGAGUUCAUGACGGACUUUGUCGACCUCGCGCAGAACUCGGCGAAAAACACACUGCGGCGAUGCGAAGCGCAUCACCACGUGCCGGCGCUGCUCGAGUCGUUUCUGCGGGACUGA